AGCAUUUAAUUAGAGAGCACUGACCGAAACAGUUAGAGGCGCUGUUAAAAUACAAAUAGUAAGGCUGAAAUGUUGAAUUUCAUAAAAGUCUGUUUAAUAUUUCUAAAUAUUUUUACUAUUUUCGCGAGUCCUUCUAACUCUAACAAAAACGAGAAUACGAAAAAUUAUUAUCCCUUUGUGAAAAUUGGCGGGAAGUACUAUUUUGUUAAUGUAUCCUUAAAGAUGAACUGGUACGAAUCGUUUGACUAUUGCCGCUCUAUUGGCGGAGAUUUGGUGAAUAUUGAGUCCCUUGAGGAAUUGCUGGCGCUACAAAAAUAUGUGUUAGAAAUCAAUAUAGGAUCGCAACUUUGGACUGAUGGCAAUGAUUUGGCAAGAGAAGGUAGAUAUAUAUCACACACCACUGGUCGUCCUUUGGUCUUUACCAAGUGGAUACAAAAUAACCCUGAUAACGCAGGUAAUGAAGAUUGCAUUGAAGUUUGUAUACAAGUAAAUGACAAAACACUUCAAAUGAAUGAUAAUAAGUGUGAGAAUGAAUACUACGCGAUUUGUCAGUAUCGCGAACCUAUCGUGUAUUACAGAAGAAGCUUUUGUGUGGUAUUAAAUGAAAAUGAGAACUGUAUGCUGAGGAAUUUAGGUGAGGGUUUUACACAGGCAGCCGAUAUGUUUAAAUCGUGUGCAAACGACAACGUGAACAAAGCUUCAGAAGUGAAAGCAUUAAAUUAAGUAGCGUAUAUAAGUAAUGUGUGUAUUUUGCUGUAGUUUGUUUCUUGAGCGUAAAAUACAAAUUUUUUGUGAGACAGA